CAUUUGUCCCAUAUAUAUGGGAGGAAGAUGGGGCUGCCUUCUUCCCUAGUUUCUGGUCACCCAUCCUUUCCACCAAUCUUGUCCCUUGUUUUAGUCCAUUACCCACCACAUUCGACCCCUCUGCCUGCCCACCACCUUCUCCUCCAAUCUUGUUGAUGAAUUAUUGAUUCCUUCUCAAAUUGCUCGGGAGUCAUCUAUCACCCCGCUCAUCCAUUUCUAGUCCCAUCCCUCGCCCUGAAUUUGGUCUGCAAUUUUUCAGAGGAAGCAGGGUUGUCAUCUUCAUAUCCUCUGAGUUGGAGGCUACCAUUUUCGGAAUCUUCAGCUUCCGUGGUAGACCUUAAAAUUGCAGAACCAUCAAAAUCUAAGCCCGUGUGGGGGUAAGAAUCCAGCCAUCUGAAUUGCUCUCCCCCCACAGAACAAUCAACUCGUAAAUUCCAAGUUUUUCAACUUUAUUUUUUUGCACCUCUUUCUCGCUCCUGCUUCCAAAAUUUUAAUCUAGAUCGACGGGGCGACCAUCGGCUUCUUUUUCUGUUCCUUCUCCGAAGAAACCAUCAAACCCUAAACUUAGAGCAAGAUGGUUUUCACAAAGGAAGCGAGCACCUCUACCCAUAACCUCUCCCUCCCGAGAGAGAACACCCCACUUCUUCACAGUUCUCAGAAACUCUCCUCCGUUCCUAAAACCUUCGCCAACGUCUUCAUCGCCAUCGUCGGUGCCGGCGUUCUUGGCUUGCCUUACACCUUCAUGAAGACGGGAUGGCUCUCCGGCGUCCUCAUGCUCUUCUUCAUCGCGCUCCUCACUUACCACUGCAUGAUGCUUCUGGUUCACGUCAGGAGGAAGCUCGAAUCUGAGGGCUACUGGAAGAUCGGUAGUUUUGGCGAUCUCGGAUACGCCGUCUGUGGGUCUCCUGGACGGAUGGCUGUCGACUUGAUGAUCGUACUCAGCCAAGCAGGGUUCUGCGCAAGCUACCUCAUCUUCAUAUCAAACAGUUUGGUCUCCAUCUUCGUAUCUGGCCAUCAACCAAGAGUUCUGGGUUUGUUGCCCAAAUCCCUGUUUAUAUGGGGCAUUUUACCCUUCCAGUUAGCAGUAAAUUCGAUUAAGAGGCUGACCAAUUUGGCUCCUCUAAGUAUCUUCGCCGACGUCGUCAAUCUUGCCGCCAUGGGGGCCGUGAUGGCAGAGGAUGUGGUCAUCUUCUUGGAGAAACAGACAGAGCUACACGCUUUCAGUGGCGGAUGGGGAGUGCUGUUCUAUGGUCUCGGGGUUGCUGUGUAUGCAUUUGAGGGGAUAGGAAUGGUCCUACCUUUGGAAGCCGAGGCUGAGAACAAGGAGAAGUUUGGUAAGGUGCUUGCUAUUUCAAUGGCCUUCAUCUCUGUAAUGUAUGGAGCAUUUGGUGCACUUGGUUACUUCGCAUUUGGAGACAAGACCAAGGACAUAAUCACCACCAAUUUUGGCAAGGGUCUGGGUUCUGAUUUUAUCCAGAUAGCCCUUGCCAUCAAUCUUUUCUUCUCCUUCCCUUUGAUGAUGAACCCCGUACAUGAGGUGAUGGAGAGGAGGAUCUCUGACGGUACGUACUCCCUGUGGUUGAGGUGGCUAGUGGUUUUAGUCACCACAUUAGUAGCUCUCCUGGUGCCAAACUUUGCAGAUUUCUUGUCAUUGGUGGGAAGCAGUGUCUGUUGCCUCCUGGGAUUUGUGUUGCCUGCACUCUUCCAUAUGUUGGCAUUUAGAAGGGGCCUGAAGCCGAAAGAAAUGGUGUUGGAUAGCAUUAUUAUUUUCCUGGGAAUUGUCUUUGCUGUCUCUGGGACUGUAUCUUCCCUCAUGGAAAUAUUUUUUGGCAUUAGGGGAUGAAGUUACAGUCUACCGUGCACUCAACCUUUUAGGGCUCUCUUGAUGUUUUAAAAGUAUAUAUACUUUGAUGGUUGGUUGUUUGAUAAGGUAAUAAGAGUUGCAGGUUUCGGGUGAUUCGCUUUGUUGUGAAUGUUUAUGGUGUCCCCUGUUUAGGUAUUUCUUGCAUUUCUUAGUCAUCAGUUUCCUUCUGGCGGUUUAGUUGAAGUAUUUAUGCUCAUCUCAACCGUCAUUUCUUUCAUAAUCUGGAAGUAGAUUUGAGAGGAAUGUAGUUCGCUCUGUCUUGCCUGUCAGUGUUGGCCUUGUAAAGACUUUAAAGCAAUCAAUAAUAUAAGGCAGUUCCAGUGGGACUUAUUUUUUA